AAUGCAUUGUGAAUCCGUAGCAUCAUUGCACAAAUACAUGGGCUAUUGUGUUUGGAUAUAGCGACUACGAUCUAAGCAAAUGGACGGCUUAUUGUGAACAAUGGGGUUGUCUUUACAACAGAAUUUGCUUUUAAAAUGCGUAAACAUAUUAAACUCACACAAGAGUGUUUGGCAAGGCCAGAAAAUGUGCUAGAUGGUACCGUGGUUAUCAGAAGGGCAAAGGGAAAAAGGUUUGGGACUUUCACACGGUUUGAUAACUUGUGUAACUUGUUUGAUAACUUGUUUGAUAACUAUACCAGAACAUCCAAAUUAAGAAGGUGUGCAAGUGCCGAAUCCUUCCAACAACCACAAGAAGUCGUCUUAAAGUCUGAUAUUAUAUUACUAAUCGGAGUUAUCAGUCCAUCCACGAAGGACUUCAUUAGAAUGGAAAGUACUUAUUUAUCCUCCCCUGUCUUGGCACCUUCAUCAUCAAGAGAAUCAGCAAAAGAUUCCAAUGAAAACACUGACUCCCAAUCUGAUACACUAAGUUUUGGUGCCGUCAUACAGGCAAAAGUUAUGGCCGGAAGAGCCAGAAGAAGAAAAUCAUUGUUUGAGACAGAAAAAUGCGAUAACGACAUCGGUGCGUCUAUUCUGUCACACGCAGAUUUUCCUGCUGCUUCGAUGUCAAGGUCUGCGUCAAAGAUGUCUCAUUCCGAAGGCAUGGGCUUUGACCGAGAACUCAUUUACGAAAUACUGGAACACGAAGUGAAACAGAAACUACAGUCAAGAACAUAUGACUCUACGGAAUGUGAAAGUGUGUGCCGUCAACUUGCAAACGCCGUUAAGGAGAGAAUUUCUGCGUUGGAAAUCAAGAACUACAAAAUUGUCUGCACCUUUUAUAUUUCAAAGCGAGCCAAGCCUUCAAUGAAAAUGGACAGCGGAUGCGCUUGGGAUGAACUCUUAGCGACUGUGGAUAAAGACAGCUUUGUUGAUUAUGUGUUCCAAAAUGACAGUAUUUCUGCCGUGGGGAGUGUGUAUGGUGUUUGUUGUGAGAAACCGAGGCAAAAGACCGGACGAAGCUAGAGUUUUUCUCAGGCAACUUGAAGCAGCUCAUAUCAGUGACAUAGUACGAUAAUAACUAAUACUCUAUUGUAUUAUUUAUAUGUUUUUUUAUAUAUUUAUAAAAUAUUUGAAAGAUUACGCGCGCACUGAUUGCCUGACUGGCUACCGUGUUUAUAUCAGAGGACAGAGAGCACUCGAAAAUCAGACCAGGCUACGCCUCGUGUUCCAAAGCUCAAUUAUCUCUUGCUUUAAAGUUCCCAACAUGUUUAUAUCACAAUCCAAAGACAUGCGCGCGCGUUUUAAAUCCCUUGAUAUAUAUAUCUAUUUCUUUUCAUUAAAUCGCAUAUCUAUUAUGUACCAUUCUGUAUAUAUAAAGCUAUGACUAAUUCAAGUUUUCCAUUGCUUUGGAAGAACAACUCUGUAUUGGUUCACUAUAAAACUACAAAAUUUCAAAUUAAGAAUGAGAC